AUAGACCCUAUAAUCAGAACCCCAAGAGGAAGACUGAGAGCGUGAGAGAGCCUGCUGCAUAACCGAACAUAUUUAUUUUUAUGGGAAGUCAAUGAGAACCUGAACCAGUCACCAAGAACCAAACAGAGAGCAAAACAGCAAACGCGCUUCGUUUUGCGGGACAUUAUCAUGAGUCUAGUCGGAGGCUUUCCUCACCAUCCGGUGGUGCAUCAUGACGGCUACUCGUCCUCCUUCGCCGCCGCAGCCGCAGCCGCGGCAGCCGCCAGCCGCUGUCACGAAGAAAGUCCGUACUUCCACGGGUGGCUCAUUGGACAUGCGGACAUGUCUCCACCGCCGGACUACGGCAUGCCUUCUUCGUCAUACAGUCCCGAGUAUAGCACCGGUAACGCUGUCGGUGGAGUGUGCGCGCCCGGGCCUGGGCUGGAACACCCGCCGUAUGGAGGAGGCGGUCCGGGAGCGCUCGUACCGGGCAUGAUGGUGGUGCCGCACCCCAUCAAGCGCAGGCCCACGGCGAACCGCAAAGAGAGGCGCAGGACUCAAAGCAUCAACAGUGCGUUCGCCGAGCUGCGCGAAUGCAUUCCCAACGUGCCCGCCGAUACCAAACUGUCCAAGAUUAAAACCCUGCGUCUGGCCACCAGCUACAUCGCCUACCUCAUGGACAUCCUGGACAAACACGAACAGCACGGCGGCGGCGGGGAGACGGAGGCCUUUAAGGCCGAGUUCAGAAAGGCGGAUUCCAAAGAGGAGAAGAGGAAGAAAGAAACGGUGCAUAAUGAAGUUUUGAAAAGUUCAGGGAGCAGCAAUGACAAGAAACCCAAAGGGAGAACUGGUUGGCCACAACACGUCUGGGCUUUGGAACUCAAACAGUGAACCAAAAAACUUUUCAAAACGGCCCUUCCUUGUCAUGUUUUUACACUAACUUUAUUUAAAGGAAUAUUUAUGUGCAAUUUCUACGGACAAUGGAUCCUUGAAGAUUAAAAAAACAUUCCAUUUUAAGAGGAGGAUGCCCCUCUUGGUAAGGGAUUACCUGUUGUUGCUAUUGUCUAGUUUGUGGUACAUGUUUGCCACUAAGGUGAAAGUGUAUCUCUCUCUCUCUCUCUCUCUCUCUCUCUCUCUCUCUCUCUCUCUCUCUCUCUCUCUCUCUCUCUCUCU